AUGCUUUCGAAGCGUAAUAGUGAACUCUCCCCUACACAAAUAGUUGAUAAUGCGGCAAAAUAUUUGGCUAAAGUUUUGCUCAUGAUUCACCUUGGUGCCAAUAAGAAUAUAACAGAGAGUGUAAAGACUCUUCUAGGCCGCCACACAAAAAUUCUGGUAAAGUACAUGGUAAAACUUGAGGUAAAGAGCGAUAAAACGGAGAACAGAGUUUUGGUAUUCACACCCGUGCGAGUGUAUCUGCUUACAGCCAAAGUACCGACAAGGAUAGACUGCCAUUUUCACUACCUAGAUAUACAAUCGAUCGAAAGUCGGAAGCCAACGCAUUUUACAAUAACCACCAACGAUAAGAGUUACUCCUUUUCAACAAUUGGUGAUGCUGGAAGUUUCACAUCGAAUGCCGACGUAAUUUUAACCGAUCUAUCAUCUGCAAUCAAGCAGAUAUUCCCCACGGUUCCGCUACGGUACAUCAUUCGGAAGAUCGAUGUAAAUCCCAUCGAGCGUACUUCCAUCUUUUCGGACGAAUUGCGCCCAUCCGAUCCGCGCAAUGUGGGACCAUGUGGUGGGUUCAGCAUGCAGUACGCCUGCAUGUGCGAUUUACAUGCGGUCCAGUACCGGGAGGAGGUGGCAUGGGACAUCGACACCAUUUACCUCUCGCACGACGCCCGUGUGCUCAAUUUGCGUGACUUUGAUCAUCUGGAGCAGAAAGAUCUGAUGGCGAUCGUUGCUGCGCUCGAGUAUAAUACCUUUUUUCGUGGACUGAAAGCGUCCCAUACGCGACUGUCCACGGAAACGCUCGAGCGGGUGUUGCAGGUACUGCGGCGAUCGCUUUGGCUGGAAGAACUGCACCUGGAAUCGUUGGGAUUAAAGUCUGACUUUAUACAUAAGCUAGCUGUUGCUGUGAUAUCAAAUUCUGCGCCUGCAUUACGAUCGAUUGACUUAAGCCAUAAUGUUAUCGAGGACAAGGGAGCUACACAUUUGGCUGGACCAAUAGCAAAAAUGUCGAAAGGCUUUUCCAAGCUAGCGCUGGCACAAUGCGGCCUAACGGCCAAAGGUGUCAAUCAGUUGGCUCAUUCGCUGUCGUUAAAUCAAAACAUUUCCAACUCACUAACGUAUCUCGACCUGAGUGGCAACAUUCUUAAGGAUGACGUAAACAAUCUGUACAACUUUUUAGCACAGCCUAAUGUAAUAGAACAUUUGGAUAUUUCGCGUACGGAUACAACAUUAGAAAGUGUCUUUGGAGCUCUCUUGCGCGGUUGCGCUACGCAUCUGCUGCACUUGAACGUAUCGCACAACAAUUUCGGUACGAAGAAAGGCAAAGAAAUACCACCCUCGUUCAAGCAGUUCUUCACCAGCAGUCUAAGUCUGAAGCAUCUAAACAUUGCCAGCUGUAAGCUACCGUUGGAGGCACUCAAACAUCUUCUCCUGGGAUUGGCAUGCAACGAAUCGACGGCCGGACUGUACCUCGAUCUGAGCGGUAACUCGCUAGGAUCGCAGGGAGCUCACGUGCUCGAGUCUUGCAUUCACGGGGUGCGCGUGCUAGCGAGCCUCGAUAUCAGCGACAACAACAUGGACUACGAGCUGGCACACGUGCUAACAGCGAUCGGCAAAAACCCCUCGAUUCGAUCGUUGUUCAUGAGCAAAUGCUUUACCGGCAUGAAGCUGAAACACAUCAGCACUGUAAUGGAUUCGUUGGUGAAUUUAGUACAGAAGGAAGAUUUCCAGCUGCAGGAGCUGGUGCUGGCGGAAAAUCGGCUUAAAACCGAUCUACACAACUUCAUCAACGCGCUCGGCAGCAACCAACAUUUGCAGAUACUGGACAUCACGGGCAAUCUGAUGGGUGACAUCGGUGCACGGUUGCUUGCUAAGGCACUGCAGAUUAACAAUAAGCUGAAAACGAUCGCACUCGAUCGGAAUAACAUUACACUGCAAGGGUACGCGGACAUUGUGUACGCGCUGGAGAACAAUUUCUCGGUGCGCAAUAUGCCGUUCCCGUUGCAUGAUAUAGCGCCUUGUCUAAAGCAACACCCGGAACGUACAGAUGGAUUGAUGAGAAAAAUGCAGGAACUAUUGUUCCGCAAUGGAAAUGGAUUCAAGCGCACCCAUGGACAAGGUUUUCGGCUGCAGCAUGGUUUUCUGCUCUCAUCCACUCACCAAGUGUUGGAUAAGUUGGUUGCAGAAACGCAAGAAACGAUGUCCUCCCGGCAGAGCUCUCUCGACGGUAGCUUGUCGCGUUUACUCGAGGAUGCAGAAAACUGCAAACAGCUGCUCCCGAAGUUGCAAGAAUCCGUACGCUGUGAUCCGCACCCGAUAGAGGUUCGGCUCGGAAAAAUGAAAACGGAACUUCACCAAUCGAUUAAGAGCUAUCUGGAGGAAACGAUGGAAACCAUGCUUCGUACUGGAAUCGAACAGUGUCCCAAAACGUUAGGCUCCCAGGUAGUACUGACCGAGCUACGUAAAGGAUGUGCAGAGCGAUUGACGAUUUCCGAGGAGUUCUUGCAAAGCUGCCUCGUAAACAGUGCCGGUGGGGAGGUGAUGAAUCGCAUCAGUGAGGUCGAACAAUCGCUAGCAAGUUUGAUUUCUGAUCGCGCAACAGACGAGGUGCUGGAAGCGUUAACACGCUAUCGCAAGGGUUUGGGCAUCGCCGAGGGACCACUCAGCUAUACGGACGAUUUGCAUUCGUUGGAUGGUAGCAAACAUAAUUCUAGUCAGAGCACCGAGCCGAUAGCAAACUUCGAACUGCGUGGUUUAGAUUUACCGAAACUUGGUCUUGAUUCACCCACGAAAUUGGAAUACCUAAACCUAGCAACACCGCAACUGCAACACAAACGGCGUUCGAUCGCAAGAAAGGUACGGCCACAGUCGGUGGUCGGAUUGGGUAUAGAAAAUCUAAGCCUUGCUAACAUUCCGGACGUUACCGAAGCGUCCAUUGCGAGUGUGUCACGGAGCAGCAGCAAUACCAGCGGUUCGAAGAAGUACGAAUCGCCGAACGCGAAGGAAGACGAAUGUUGCGACUCAAUAACGGAGCUUCCGAGUCAAUCGCUAACCUUACAGCAUUUGGUAAAAGGACGCCCGAAGCGUGCAAAAACCCGUGCACCGAAAAAGCCGGUCAUAACGGAUAGCAGUGGUGUAGUGGGUGGUGGUGGCACGGCAGUAAACGAAGGCAUAGAAUCAUUCUUCCGGCCUGGGUCGGCCACUCCAUCCACACUAACGCCACUCGUUUCGCCCACCUCCGAGGAGUGUAGCUCGCUGAGCUUCGUCGACAGUCCAACGUUGAGCCGCGAUGAUGGAGGCCGCUUUAGCAAUGUAACAUCCGGUGAAACAACACCGAUACUGGAAGAACGUAAACCACUGAAAUUGGAUCGCUCAUCGCCACUGCUAAAGGGCGUUAACUGGACAUCGCGUUCCCGCUCAUCAGACAACCUGGAGAAAGUAUCACCGUCGGUCAACCGUAAAUCGCCCCUGGUGAAAGCGGCCACGGAGGUGGUGGAAACGCCGGGUCGCGAAUCACGCCCGGUGGAUAAUGGUGCCACAACAAUAACGGGCAGCAAAUCGCCUAGCAAUGAAUCGGUACGCAGUAGUCAUCACGUGGAACCGCCGGCACAUGGAAUGUCGCGGCUUGGAAAUGGAACCGGACAGAAAACACCGAUCAUUUCACCGAAACCACGACCGUGGUCGGUGCUGGGACAUGAAUCAAAAGCUGAAUUUUCCGAACCGUCUGUCGAUAGUAUCGAUACGGAUGGGGAUCUGGUGCUGAUCUCCGGUCAAACGCCCGGAGGUUCAAUUGUUGGCAUAACGCCCGGUGCUAUAAGUACGGCCGGUACGGGUGGAAGUAUACUGGGUAUUACGCCAGGUGCCGUCAUCGAGAAGAAAUCGGUCAGGGACAUGGCGGCAGGACUAAACAAACUGGGAGUAGAACUCGAGCGUAAUUCGCUGAUGCGUAGUUCCAUUUCCUCUCACUCGGCAUCGGCCGUAAUGCGUACCUCUCCGUCCUCGCUGCUAGGACGCAAUAGUCAAAAAAGUAGUAGCAUUAUUAGUAGCGGUAGUACUAGUAGCAGUCCGAAUAGCAGCUUUAAUAAAAAUGGUGAUAAUGCACUGCCUGGCAGCAGCACUGAGGAACCCGUCGCACAACCGGCCGGAACGCCACCGAAAGACGAAACGCUCAUUAAGCGUAUUGUGGCUGGAAAAAAAAUUACCGCUUUGUUUGAGGAGACACUAGUUGAAGGGCUGCAGAAAUCAUCACGUAAAACCAUGUACAGAGAGUCAACCGUCUACAAGGACGAAGACACGGUCGAUGUGUGA